UGACAAGCCAGGUCCCUGAUAGCAGGAAGUGGGGGCGCAGGACCACGGCACCAUGAAGUCUCUGAAGAAGGAGUCGCGCCUUAAGAUCCCCACGGCCAACAAAGUGCCAGAGCCCUCAGAAAACACAAAAGAUAAGAAACGAGCGAAGGUACCUGAACAACCCACGCCGCCCAUUCAGGAAGAGCCCGAGCCCGUUAGCAAUGUCCUCCAGGGAGAUGAUAUUCUUGCCUUAGCCAUUAAGAAAGAAGACUUGAAGAAGCAACACUUUCCAAGGCUUAAAGAACAAGAAGGAAAAACUACCACCAUGCAACAGUUUAUCAUUCGCAAACUCAGGCCCAGGGAUUACGGGAGGGAGGUCUGCCAUUUGGUGGCACACCCAGCCACCUCGGAGGCAGCCUCCAAACCCCUGGACUACUCAGGUCCUGCCAACAGCUUCCAAAGCAGUGACCAAAUCCUGCCCCACCACAUAUUGGGGUGUCUUUCAGACUUUAAAAGAAUUGCCAUUGCUCGUGGGAACACCCAGCUGGCUGACCUAAUCCACAUCUCGCCCUGCAUGAUGAACAUCAUACCCACUAAAGAAGAGCUAAAGGACAGGUCCCACAAGGAAGAGAAGACCCCUCUCUGGGCCCCACCUCCGCAGCACAACUUUCUGAAAAACUGGCAGCGCAACCUGGCCCUGCGGAAGAGGCAGCAAGAAGUGCUCAGCGAGCGUCUGAAGAAGCCAGUUGGUGAGCUGCUGAUGCACAGUGGGGAGACCUACAGACGGAUCCAGGAGGAAAGGGAGCUCAUCGACAGAGCUCUGCCCACACAGCAUGAUGGGAAGGUCACCCAGGAGUCUAGUGGGUUCUGGAGUCGACUGGAAAGUCUGGGAGAUGAAGUCACAGGUCUGAUAAUGACCAAAACAAAAGUCCAGCGAGGCCUGUUGGAACCAAUCACUCACGUCCGCAAACCCUACUCUGUCCAGAUGGAGACAGGACUUCUGGGACAGCAGGAUGCUUGGUACCGCUACACAUGGGACCGGAGCCUGUUUCUCAUCUACCGACGCAAAGAACUGAAGAGCAUCAUGGAGAAGCUGGACUUCAGCCAACAGGAUAUUGAAGGCCUGGAGGUGGUGGGGAAAGGCCACCCUUUCUCAUCGGUCACAGUAGAAAACUACUCAGUGGUUGAAGAGAGUCAGAGGAGCAUCUCUGAAGAAACGACACCCUUAGAAUUACAGGCUAACGAGAAUGACACUGAGGUAGAAAGCAUGACCAUUCUGGGCCCUUCUCUGCUCUUCUGUGGGAAGCCUGCUUGCUGGAUCCGAGAAAGCAGCUCCAAAGAGAAGGUACAGGUCGGAAUUGAGGUCCGGUUGACCUUUGAAACGCUGGAAGGUGAGAAAACGUCUUCAGAACUGACUGUGAUCAACAAUGGCACUGUGGCCAUUUGGUACAACUGGCAGCGGCGGUCCCAGCUGGACGCCUUCCAAGAUAUGAAGAGAAACCGGAUGCAGCAGUUUUAUUUUAACAACCGAGAAGGUGUAAUUCUUCCUGAAGAAACAAAGACCUUUACUUUCUUCUUCAAGUCUUCGGAUGCUGGGAUCUUCAGGGAGUGUUGGGAGUUUGGGACACACCCUGUCCUUUUAGGAGGUGCACUCCUGCUGGUCAACUUGCAUGCAAUCUCCCUGACCCAAGACCUUUUCAGGGAUGACAGGAUGUUACUUCGGAACAAGCUGGCUGCGCAAGAGGCCUGCACCGUGGUGGACAGCGUAAUGAAGGAGCUGCUGCGGGGCAUCCUGACCCCAGAGCGCCCAAGCUCGCCUGUGGACAGCUACCUCACCGAAGAGGAUUUGUUCCACCACAGAAACCCUCAGCUGUAUUACCAUCAUCAGGUGGUACAGAGCCUGCAGGAAUUAUGGUACCAGUAUGCGCCUCUGCUGUCCAGAUCCGAUAAGCAGCCCCAGAAUGUGGAGUCUACCGCGCAAUUGAAAAGCAGUACCUUGUCACUCCAAUUACGGCACCAGGACUCCAGUGUCUUCAAGACUGUCGAAUCUUCCUUAGGGUUUGUCAAGUCAAAAACAUCGUCCAAAACAUCACUCAAAAUAUCGCCAUGGAAGAAGAUUGUGGAGAUGGUGAUGGAGGAAAAUGAACUUGAACUGAAGAACAUCAAGAGUGCAAGGGAGCUGGAGCUGGCCAACAUGCCUAAGUGGAACUUCUGCCUCAAGGGUUUCAGAGAGGUGUUGAUGGCCCUCCCUGAGGAGAAUCAGAGAGAAGAUGCCCUCCUGGGGCUCAACAAGAUGGCAUUGGAGCUGAGUCAGGCCCAGAGGCUGCCAGAGUCUGACUUCCUGCAUCAAAUGGGUUUGUACCUGUGGCGAGACCUGGCUGACAGUCUGGUAAGCCAUGCCUUGUGGUUGAGGGCUCUGCUGGGCCUGCCCGAGAAGGAAACCAUCUACUUGGACAUGCCAGAAGAGCAAGAAAGAAAGUCACCGAUGGCCUUAGAAGGGAAAAUCAGUUCUGGGAGAGGCUUGAAAGAGGACCGGAGAGGGACAGCCCAGGAGAGGAAGCAACUGGGCACCCGAGAGAAAGAGGAUAAGAAGGGAAUCAAGUCUUCACAAGACCGGCUAAAUAGCAAGAAGCACAAGAUGAAGGAUGAAAAGAAACCCAUCAAAUCUGCCAGUCGUGACACGGUUUUUCCGGUUGACCCAAUACACUACAGUUCCGUCCUUUCACAGGAACCUAUAGAUCCUCUGAUGAUGCAGAAGUACACGCACAGGCUGUACACAGAGGUCUACGGGCUAUUGGAAGCCCUGGUUAGCAGCCUCAUGGCCCUUGUUGAUGAGCUCAGCCCCAUUACAAAUGUUGAGGAGACUUCACGACUUUGCCCAUGA